AUGGGUUUUAAAUCACCACUUUUGGUGUGUUGUGGUUCUAGGGGAGGCAAAUACAAUUUUAACGGCUCCAAGCCAUGUGGAUUAUCUCCUUUGUGCUCAGACCCGUCGGUGAAAGUAUUUUGGGAUGGAGGACACUACACCAAAGCAGCUAACAAACUUGUUUUUGAUAUGCUCAACAUUGGAGAAUUUUCUGAUCCACUUGUUCCCACGAGAUUUGCAUGUCAACUAAACGCAUAA